UCCAUUUCGUAAAGCAUCUGGUUUUAGUAAGGAAUAUCAUCGCUAAAAAGAUUAAAACGAAAUCCACCCAACAUCAUGUCCGGGACAGACAGACGUAGCGCAGAAGAAAAUGUUUCAAACAAGCAGAAGGAACCCCAUUCUCUAGUCUGUGUUACCACACUCCUGGAACUUAUAGUCCUAGCGUUCGUUAUUUCGGUCGAACUCUUGCUUAGAUUUACAACUAUAUUUCCUCUCCGUCGUCAGCCAUUUUCCUGUGUGGACGAGACCAUUAGUCGACAGACAAAACGCUCUCAGUUUAUUGGGUUCGCCUUCAACUCGGACCUGCCAGAUUCCAUUGUGUAUUCUCUCAGUUUUUGCCUGCCUCUGUUUAUCAUUUUAGUGGGGGAGGUAGGACUAUGGGCCUUUGCCGAAGAUCGCCAGAGAACCAUUCGUGUUCUUUGUCAGAACUGCAGGGUACCACAAGUCACUCGCAGACUUGUUAGGUUUGUAGGUGUUUUCAUAUUUGGAGCAUUCACCCUUAUGGUGUUUGUUGACGUCACGAAGCUCAUGACUGGGCGUUUACGACCAAACUUCUUAGAAAUCUGUAAAAUAAACCAGACGGCAUGUAAACUAAACGAAAAUCACGGAGAUGAAAGUAUGUGUCUAGAAAAAGACGAGAUGGCACUGAAGCACGCGAGAUCUUCAUUUCCUUCCAUGGAUGCCGCAUUGUCAUCUUAUGCUGCUAUGUUUAUUUCGACGUACGUUCAUGGUGCUUUACGAAGUCGAUCAGUUCGAGUUCUCCGACCAUUCCUAACAGUUAUGUUCUGUAUGCUCUCUUUGCUAUGUGGCCUUGUCAAAUUAGGAAUUGGUUCCAGCCAUUGGACAGAUGUAGCUGCAGGAUUCGCCAGUGGGUCAUUCAUGGCAGUUUAUUUGGGUCGUUAUGUACUGAGAGGAUUUAACGAACACAUAGAGGAGAAAAAAGUGAUGUCUCAGUUGGACAUAAUUCUACAAGAGCAACGGUUUUUAGAACAACUUAUUAGAGAGCUUGGCACGCCAUCAUCGUUGCCCUUGCAGGGUUACCAGAUACCCAGAGCACACACGGAUGAUAGGUGGCGCCCCCUUAACAACAAUGCAUAGAACCACAGUACAACAGUCCUUGAAUAAUGAAGACAAUGACAUGCAUUGACAAUCUGUAUUGAUUUUCUCGGAUGAAUCUUCUCUUUGUUUAUGAGCUGUGAUUUAUCUAGAGUUGCCUGUAAAAGUUGUUUAUCAAUAGCAUAUAUCAGGGUUGCAUUGGCAGUUCAAUUGUCAUAUUGUUUACAUCUUAAUUAAUACACAUAAACAGAAAACCCAUAUUGUCGUCUGCUUAACGGAAAAAGUUAUUAAUUUCAAAUGAUCAUUAUUUUCUUCAGUGUUUCAAUUAGUACAUGUAAA